GCUGAGAUGUCUGGGGUUUCCAGAGGCCGGAGACAUCUGGAGGACCAGUCAAAACACUGUGUGGCCUUUCAUUGUUUUCUUUUUACAAAACGGAAGUAGACAGCAGGAGAGAAAGAAAGGGCUCAUAACUGCAGCGAAACAUGACUUCCGUCUUUAGUUUGGGUCCCAAACAGGAUUUUGAGGCUUGAGUGUUAGUUUCAGACUCCCACCAGUUGUUCUCUGGCUACGAAUGGACAACUAUACAUUGGUCUCCUUUUUUCCCAGGAAGCCUCUGGAUCAGCUAAUUUGGUGAUCUCUUUUUCAAUGAUGUUGCUGAUCCUUCUGCUGCAGCUCAUCAACAGCUUUGAGAGGUUAUCUGGGGCUGAAUAUGAAACUCUGUGCGCCGCUAACGCCUGCUUCACCUUACACAUGGAGAGGGUGAGCUUUAGCCAGGCCCAGCAGGGCUGCGAAGACAAUGGAGGUUAUCUGACGACGGUCAGAGACAUGCAUGAAGAGGAAGAACUGCGUUCGCUUUUCUCACUGAUCCCAGGACACCAUCAUGACAAAGUGGCCAAAUUUUGGAUUGGAUUAAAGCUGCACAGAAAGAACUGCGUUUUGGAGGAAAAGGCUCUCAGAGGGUUUAAAUGGGUCUCUGGGGAGGAAAACUCCCACUAUUCCAACUGGAAGAAAGAGCCUACGUCCACAUGCACACAGGAGAGAUGUGUAAAGGUUGAUUACAACUUCUCAGAACAGGAGCAGCUGCAAUGGACGGCAGGAGCUUGCAAGACUUUGGCUUCUUAUGCAUGUAAGUUUUAUAUUAAUGGGAUGUGUCAGCCUUUACAUCUGUCAGGGCGCGGAAAAAUAACCUACACACCUCCCUUCGCAAAAGAGCCGCAAAAAGGUUCGAUGGAAUCACUUCCAGUCGGAACAUAUGCUAAUAUUGUGUGUAGUGACCAGACGUCACACUACUCUGUGUGCAUGAGUUUGAGCAGUAAUUAUAACUGGACCCAUCCCGGCCCCUUUUGCGAAUUUGCUGCACAGACCUGUGAAAUCAACAACGGUGGAUGUGAACAUUCGUGCCAUCGGGAAGCAGGUGAUGUCCAAUGCUUUUGCGAAGAAGGUUAUGAGCUGGAAGGGGAUGGAUUGUCGUGCACGAUGAAGGACGUGUGUGGUCCUGACACCUGCGAGCAUCAGUGCGUCAUGGGGAGGACAGGGUUUUCCUGCAAAUGUCCCGAUGGGUUUGAGCUGCAUGAAAACCAGCGCAACUGCUCUGACAUCGACGAAUGCCAGUCACAGGCCUGUGAGGGUCAUCUGUGUGUAAACACGCACGGCAGUUACAUGUGUUUGUGUAAAGAAGGCUAUGAAAUGGUGGACGGCGAAUGCAUCGAUGUGGAUGAGUGUGCACAGCCACGCUGCCAGCAGGGCUGCUUGAACACUGUUGGAUCCUUCUUCUGUUCCUGCUACGAGGGCUACGCUCUACGGCGGGAUGGGCUCUCGUGUGAAGACGUCAAUGAGUGUUUGAAUGAGCGCUGUCCGGCUGAGCUUAUGUGCAUCAACACUGUGGGAAGCUACAUGUGCAGCUACGAAUCAGAAUAUGACGGACCGUACAUGUCCAUCACACCAACGGCCCCAUCGGAUGAGGCAGUGGAUGAAGAAAUGCAGGACGAUUCCACGGAGACUUUGACCAGAAGCACAGUGGAGCUGCAGCACCAGUCCCCUCACACCGAUGUGCUGCUGCCAGACCUGAUGAACCUGACCAACAUCAACGCAUCCUCAGUGGCCGACGUGGCCCACGUGGUCAACUCCAGGGUGAUCAUCUGCGUCCUUGGCUCGGUCAUCCCUCUGGUCUUGCUGGUCCUGGUCACCUUGUUUAUUGCCAUUUUUCGAUGUAAUCGCUCAAAAAAAGAGGUGAAGAAGAACACCACCAUCACCACCACGGACGGCUACUGCUGGGUGUCCUCUGGCGUGGAUCCACGCUUGGAGAAAUUAUACGAGUCCAUCCUGACUGACGAUUUAUGAGCCGACGACAACAGGAAGUGUCUGUGUGGACUGUUUUCUCUAUUUAUGAAAUGUAAAUGUUUGCAUCGGGGGUUGUGCUGGAGCUAUACAAUGUUAUCAGACAUGUACAUAUCAAAUCAGAGAUGGUGAACUAUAUUGUCCGUUAAACAGUGAUCUUUCUCGGCCUUACAGUAGCUCAGUAACGGGUCAGAGUACACCAGUGCAAGUUUUCCUGUUACUGUUUGAAGCGGAUGUGAGGGGUUCUGCGUAAGAAGAGCUCAUUGUUUGGACUGGGCGGUGCCUGUUAUUUUACUGCCAGGCCAAACAGUCCAGGACAAUGUAAAGUUGAUUAACUGAGAGAAGGUUUAUCCAGGUUGCAGGGUGCAAACGUGUGUUUAUCAUGCCAAGAAUCAAGCUGUUUCUCUUUUAGCUAGAUUUUAACUAGCUGUCAAUAUAUGUAUAUGUAAUCUGUUUCGAAGUAUCGUAUCAGACCAAGUAAUCAUAUCAACACUAAAUAAAACUGUUUGUUUGAAAACAUGAAAAAGUGUAUCACGUUCCUGCUAAAUAAAUCGGAAGGCCGUCAUCCAACUCAUAGGUCAGCUGCUCAGUUCCUGUGAUGACAGCAUCCCCGCAAUGGUCAAGCCCUCUGCACGAAUCACUUAAGGCUGUUUAUUCACAAUGUUAAUAUCUCUUUAAGAUGAAAAAAAAGUAUACACACACAC